CGCAUCUUUGCUAUCUUUCUCUUGUUUCCAUCGCCAUCUCCAUAUCCUUCCCUCUCCACUUCUAUCGCUAUCUCCAUAUCCUUUCAUCUCCAUCGCACAAUAUCUAUUACGAUUAUACAAACGGAGUCUUUCUAUCAUUGAGAUUAUCCCUCUAUCGCCCAUCUAUUACGACCACACGAGCACGGUCUUUCCAUCGUCAUCUCCAUCGCACAAUAUCUAUUACGAAUAUACAAGCACAGUCUUUCCAACAAAAUCGCUCCUAUAUUGUGUUGCGUACAAGAGUUGUAUCUUACAGCAUCUACUGUUUAGAACAACCCUGGCGGCGGUUACGUCCUUACAGCAUCUGCUGUUUAGAACAACCCUGGCGGCGGUUACGUCCUUACAGCAUCUGCUGUUUAGAACAACUUCAAUACAAUUCAUAUAGUAGCUUUUUUGAUCACUUCUAUAUCUCAUUUUGUCCGAAGAGUCAAGGCUGCUCUAGAGCCUGGGUGGGUGGGAAGCACACAUAAAGUGUGGGCUAGCAUUGUUUUAAAUGCAAUUAUUCUUUAACUACGUUUUAUUGCUAAUUAUAAUCAUAGGACUAAAUAUGUCGAUAUCGGUCCUAAUCGAAAAACUUCAGUUAGAAAAACUUCUUGAUGAGAGGGUAUUUGUAAAAUGGGUAGAUGAAUCAGGCACAACAUUCACACUAGGUUCUUGCUUGCAUGACAACAAACAGACACCCGAUUUUUAUAUGGCUGCAUAUCGUGAUACAGAAGGACAGAUUCAUAUUCACUUUAAGCUUCAAGUGUUUGUUAAACUUGCUGGCAAGAAACAAGGAAUAGAUAUAUUAUUGAUUGUUCCUCCAGAUGCCGAUUUUGCAAAUGCUUCUACACCUUGUCCAAUAUCGAGUAUCGAUGAUUUAUCUCACGACGUUUCUGCUAUUCACGAAGCUGGUUUAAGCAAUGCACAACAUGUUUUCCUCCUAAAAUUCAAUCUCACUAUGAAGGGAUUCGUUGUCACAAAAAAGAUUGCUACAAUCAGACCUCACACUACAACUACAAAUAUGUUGAUUCGUAGCCUUGAAUCUCUGUCUAAUACUUCAAUCUUCAGUGUAUAUAUUAGGCCAAGUACUUAUGCGAAAGUGCAUCUGGAAAAACUUCGUAUGCAUAUUAGCAAAACUGCAACCGAUAUACGCAAAAUCAACUUAAAGGAAAUGUAUAUUCAACAAGGGGUUAUAUUACUAGAAUGGCACAAAUUGGUAUAUAAGGGGAAACAACACCCAAUACCGCCACCAUAUGCUCAGGCAUCUACAGAAGUACAGGCUUCUCAGUCAUCACUCAUUUUCGAAGAACCGAUUGAAGAAACACCAUUUUAUCAGGGUCAAGGGGGCAAGACGAUUGAGGGAGACAGCCUGGAAUCUAGCACUGCGGGCGACGGCGAUGAUAUUAGCAAUGAAGUACACGAUCAUCUUCCGGAAUACGAAGCGUCAGGCUCUGCCCCUGUCUACCCUAACCUCGACAAAGGCAAAAAGCGUCUUCGUCAAGACAGUAAUCCCGAGAUAUACCAAGAGCAGAAAUCACGACGCCCAACCGAUAUAGAGGAUUUCCUACAGUCACGCCUAUCAGCCCUUGAACAACGUUUCGACAACACACUUGCAGCCCAUGAAAAGAAAGUAGUAGAACUCAUUAGACAGGCCGAGUCACGAAUAAUAGACACACUCCGUAAAGAGAUAGGCAAGCAGUCGGCUGAUUUCGAGGAGUCGUUGGACAGGAGGGUCAAGGAGGAGAUAGCAGAGCAGUCGGCUGACUUCGAGGAGUCGUUGGACAGGAGGGUCAAGGAGGAGAUGGUAGAGCUGGAAGAGACAGUGAUGCGGAACAUUAGCGAGGCGCCACUACAGGCCACUCUGACCUUUCCUGAACAUCUUUGGUACUGAAUCAUUCCCUAUUUUCUGGGCCUAUCUUCUCCGGGGCAGACUUGUUCUUAGUACCUCAAGUAGGGAAUUAUAUGACUAGCUUAGUCCAGUUUAGUUAACUUAGUACUAAGCUAAUUAAUAUAGUGAGAACGAAGAUCUAUUAAUUCAAUUACUUAGUUACUACUUGGUACGAACCAAUUGUCCAAUCUCCUGCUUGACUGCCUCAAUAUAUAACCUCA